CCUGGUAAGAAGGCUAUUGGAUGCAAAUGGGUGUAUAAGGUAAAGCUCAGGGUUGAUGGUACUAUAGAGAGAUUCAAGGCCAGAUUAGUAGCUAAGGGAUUUACUCAGAUUUAUGGGAUAGAUUUCUUAGACACAUUUUCACCAGUUGCCAAAAUUAACUCUGUGAAAGUGUUGUUAGCAGUGGCUGCUGCCAAUGAAUAGCUCAUACAUCAGAUGGAUGUAUCAAAUGCUUUCCUCCAUGGAGAGUUAAAUGAAGAAGUCUACAUGAAACCACCACCAGGCAUGGAACUACCUGACAAAAAGAUGGUUCUGAAGUUGAAGAAGUCUCUUUAUGGACUAAAACAGGCUAGCAGGAAAUGGUUUGCCAAGUUAGCCAGUUCAUUGUUGAAAAAUGGUUUUGCUCAAGCUACUUCAGACUAUUCAAUGUUUGUUAAAAGAAUUCAGGGGAAGGAUACUUGUUGUGUUGGUGUAUGUAGAUGAUAUAUUGACUGCAGGAAGCUCUCCAGGAGAUAUAGAACAGUUAAAAAUGUUCUUGGGAAGAGAAUUCAAAGUGAAGGAUCUUGGUAAGUGAAGUAUACAGAGAUGUUAAAGGGAUUCAUGUGAAUCAAAGGAAGUAUUGCAUGGAAUUGUUAGAAGACACUGGAUAUUUGGAGGCAAAAGACUGUCUAGCACCAAUUGAUUACAAGCUAAAGUUAAUUGCUAAGCAGGGGGAGCCUCUUCCUAAUCCAGAGGUUUAAAAAGGUUAGUAGGAAGAUUACAUUACCUCACUGUCACCAGGCCAGACCUAGCCUUUGCUAUUCAGCAGUUAUGUCAAUUUCAGAAAGAUCCAUAUACUGAGCACUUGUAGGCUGCUUAUAGGAUCUUGAGGUAUUUGAAACAUGCUCCAGGACAAGGAUUAAUCUUUAAGGGGUCGUUUGGAUGGAAUAUUGUGAUGGAUCAAUUGUACAAAAUUGUCUCAUUAUGAGUCAAUUGGGCCUAAUUAACCCGUUUGGCAUACAAAAAGAGGAACGAAGCAAUUUGGGGCCGGGACAAUUAGCUUUGGCGCGUUAUGGGGUAAUUGUAAUUACCUGGUGGGGGGGGGGGGAGAAAUUUCAGAUUGUCCCGUUGUGUGCUUUUUUUCCAAAGUUGUCCCUGGCUUUUCAGGCUCUCUUUCUUGCUGUCAUUUUAUUUCCAUCGUAUCUUGUUGUUGCUGAAGGAAGAAGGAGUAAGCUACUGUUCCCGCGACGAUCUUCUUGCGGUUUCUAGAUCAGUUGGAGGAUAAGCUACAGAUUCUACUCAUCAAAGAUUGAGCCUGGUACUUUAAUUAUCUUUACCCUUAUUCACUUUGUCCUUGUUAGAAUUCCAAACCCCACUCGUAAACCCUAAUAAAGAAAUUGAUGAUGAACCUUUAGUUUGUGUACCUGGGAAUAUAAGGGGGUCAACCACAAAGCUUUCCUUCUUUUUUCCUUAAUGAUGUAGACAAAGUCCAACCCUAAUUGGGUUUAUUUAUUGAAUCCAACAAAAAUCAUUGAUUUUCUACUGAUUUGGACACUUAUGAGAAUGCUAAGUGUACCCUUCCAUGCUCCUGCUUAGCCUGCUUACACUUCAUGCUGAACAUAACUGUUUCCGUCUUUUUGCUUCUAUAACCGACAUGGGUUUCUGGAAUUGGUGUGUUGUACUUGUUUUAUCCACUGAUAAUGCAUUUUUUAACUAUUUUAUAGAGGAUGUCUCGACUAUCAAGUUUAGCUCCAGCCCGUGAACGCCAGGUGGUUGCAGCAAUUUGCUCGUUCUCCAACCUUCUUAUGAUUUAUGUUAGUUUAGGUAUCAAACUAGCUGACUUAGUACAAAAACAUUACCUGAAUCCACGACUUAGUAGGCAACAAGUGGACACCUACUUGCAGAGACACUAUGAUAGACAAAGGCACCUUAGGAAUGCAACUAAAAUGACUGAUAUUGAUACUUUCGACCAAGUCAGGAUGAAUCGUAGCUUAUUUAGAAAGUUUUGUGAACUUCUUGUUAGUGAAGGUGGCCUGAAAAGAACUAGGAAUGUAGAUAUAGACGAGAUGGUUUAUAUCUUUCUUCGAAUUAUUUCAUAGAACGAGAAAAAUAGAACGUUACGCCUGAAUUUACGUCGUUGGGGAGAGACAAUAUCUCGAACAAUUCACUGCGUACUGCGGGCUGUUAUUAGGCUCAACAACUUACUUAUGAAGAAGCCGCUUCCCAUUCCCGACAAUUGUACCAAUAGUAGGUGGAAACAUUUCAAGGUCAGCCCUUGAUUUCUUUCUCCAAUAAAUUCCACCUUUUAUUUUGUUUCUGUCAAUCAACCCUUGAGAGUCUUGUUUCAAUGUUGCAUUAGGAAUGUCUUGGAGCUCUAGAUGGAACUCAUAUUGAUGUCCGGCCAUUAAAAUAGGAUCGAACUAGGUAACGCGAUAGGAAGGGUGAUCUUUCCAUUAAUGUCUUGGGUGUUUGCACACCCAACUUGGAAUUUAUCUAUUGUUUAUCUGGAUGGGAGGGGUCUGCCCAUGACGGAAGAGUUUUGCGUGAUGCCCUUACUAGGGAAAAUGGUCUUACUGUGGCAGCAGGUAAUACUAUAGUUAAGUUUAACAGUUAGAUACAAAAUUACAGUCCUAAAUGAACCGCUUAAUAACAUUUAAAAUUGUUCAUGUAUUGAAGGUUGUUAUUAUCUAUGUGAUGCUGGGUACGCAAAUAGCCCGGGAUUUUUAACCCCCUAUCAUGGUCAGCGGUAUCAUCUAAAAGAAUGGGGUGCAAAUCGACCAGAAACAGCCGAGGAAUACUAUAAUAUGAAGCAUGCUUUGGCUAGAAACGUCAUUGAGCGUAUUUUUGGGAUUAUGAAAAUGCGUUGGGCAAUACUUAGAGGGUCAUCUUGGUUCACUCCAAGAGAGAUGACUCGUAUUGUUGUUGCAUGUUGCAUAAUUCAUAAUUUUAUAAAGAGGGAACACGGGGCUGAUUCGUGCGAGCUGUGUUAUGAAGACGAAGAACCAGAACUACAUGAAGCAAUUGAGGUGGAGACUAUUGAGAUUUCUGGCUUGCAACCAUGUGCAGCUUGGACACAAUUUAGGAAUGACAAAGCAGUGGCAAUGUGAGAAAAUAGGUCACAGAUGUGAUUGUAAUCAUGUGUUAUGAAUGUUGUUGUUGCACUUUUAGCAUUUUGGAAAAGCAUUCGAACAUCAGUAAUUGAUGAUGAAUCAUGUAUGGUUGUAUUUUUGCCAAAAUGUUGUCUAUAUUUCGGAAACAGUGAUGAUUGUGAUUCAUCUCAAUAUAUUUUGCUAUUGUUUUUUACCUAGGUCUUUGUGGGUGCUGCUAUUUUGUUCUUUCUUCGCGUGUCUACCCUCUUUAAUUGCAAGAGUGGUUAAGUUUGCACUUUUAUUUUUUGGAAACAGUGAUGAAUCAUGUAUGAUAAAGUUGGUAUCAUACUUGCAGGCAUGGAUCCGAGAAGAAAGAAUGACGUCAAUGCACUACCUAGGUCUUAAACCUUUUGGGAUUCCAGACACGAUGAACCAUUUCUUCGAUGCCUUCUGGAGCUGACUGAGAAGGGCCAUAUUGAUGAUGGGAUAUGCAAGAAUGGUGUGUUUAAGGAGAUCGAGAGGAUGAUGGAAAAGCUGGUACCCGGAUGCGGUUUGAAGGCAAAAGGGAAUGUUAAGACCAGGGUGAAGAAGCUGAAGCACUGGUAUCAUUCGACUGUGAUGAUGCGGCAGCAGAGUGGUUUCGGGUGGAACGAGGAGCACUCUUAUCUAGAUGCACCUGAAGAUGUAUGGGAAAAGUUUCUGAAGUCACAUGCUGAUUGUAAAACAUAUAAACGAGUCCCUUUCCCACAGUUCUUUGAACUAAGAUCUAUUUUCGGGAAAGGACGUGCUACUGGUGAAGCCAGAUUCUCAGGACAUUAUCCAAACGUAUCAGAGUUGGGAGAUGACAGCUCCGAUGAUGAUGACAGCCCGGCUUACCCUCUCGACCCACUGAACAACUCCACAAUGGAUGAAGAAAUUAUGAAUAUGAUCAAUGAUGGUGUGGAAGCUCAUGUGAACAAGAAACGCCCAAAAACUAGUUCAGAACCGGCUCCUUCUCGGAAAAAGAAGCAGAAGAAGAAGAAGAAGAAGAAGAAGAAGAAGAAGAAGAAGAAAGGGAGACACUGAAGAGGGCAUUGGUGAAGUCUGCACUGAAUUGGGUGGACUUAGGCCCCUCAUUAGAGAGUCUGUGGACACCAUUUCAAGGGCUUUGGGGCAGAGCGAGGACUACAACAUUAUGCGUAAGGAAUUGCUGAAGAACUUGGAAAAAAUGGAAGGACUAACUAGAGCUCAAAUGAUCAUUGCUAUGAGGAAGUUUUCUAACAAUUCAGAUGACCUGAAGUGCUUCUAUGAGCUGGAGAAGGAAGAGGACAGGCUGACCCUUGUUCUUAAUCUACUCAAGGAUGAAUGAGGGUGUGUUUCCAAUAUGUAUGUAGUUGUAUAGUAAGUCCACUAGGUUGUAAGCUAUUAGGUAGUUGUCCAGUUUGCAAAGAGGCCUUUCUUUUUGUCUAUCUGUCAUUGUGAAGUACACUCAAUGACAGUCUUUGCAAAUGUAGGACAACCUGUAUUUUGUGAAGUUAUAUGGUUAGCUUACUAGGAUCGUAAACUUCGAUGGAGGUAAAUCCAUAAUCAGGCUGUUUUUUUGUAAAGUUCACAUGAUGUACCAAGCUGUAGGAUGAAGCUGUCUCAUGUAAGUACCAUAUAGUAAUUGCAAGACAGCUUGUGAGAACUUGAUUGUAAAGUGCACAUUGGGAACCUCUGAUCUAUGAUGAAUGUAAUGUUAUAUUUUUUUUUUUUUUGAUAAUGGUGAUUGAAUGUAAUGUUAUAUUGAAGCUUAUACUUUUCCCUCUAACUACUUAGUUUCUGUCAUAUAUAAAUGGUCUUACAAACAUUGUUUCUGCCAUAAAUGGUCAUACAAACAAGCUCUCUGGUCUUUUGAUAGUUGAUUACAACAGCUAGAACAUCGUUUCUUCUUACAAUUUUCAUUUGCUUUCCUGAAACAUUGUUCCUGGACAAUACAGGUUUUGCAAGUACAACAUAACUGCUACUGGAACAGUCAAAAUACAAGUUACAGGUUCACCUAUACAAAAGCCAGCCUAUACAAAAACCAGCUUCUCUCCUACCACAAAAAAAACCCCCAGCUUCUCCAGCGUAGGUGACCAUAUCAAAGAUCAGAAGUUACACAAUUGUCGCUAACCGAACUACCACAACUACACAAGAUUGCCAUAAACAAGUACUGAUUUAGCUAAUCACCACUCUACUGAGUUGUCUCUCCACUGCAAGCAAUCUUUGUUUCACCACUUGAAGCUCCUUUGUGGCGAAAUCAUUACACUGCUCACAAGCAAGAGCUGGAGAUGGUGGAGUGACAGCAACCAACUGAGCAAGCCGCUUAUUCUCUUCUUCUAGUUCACAGACUCUGCUUUGCAAAUUGACAAUAAAAUCCAGAAGCCUUUGUUCCUGUUUUGCAUAGCUCUCAAAUCACACCAAGCAAAGAAGUCACACCCGACCUUACUCUGUAAAGAAAUCAAUCUAAAUAUU